AUGCAUUGGUUUCAGAUCGAGAAGACUGUCCUUUUUCUAUUGGAAGAACAAGGGCGUUUGGCAAGCAGAAUAGCAAAUCUUGGAGAGCAACAGGAUGCUGCACAACAAGAACAAGAACCUGCAAUAAGAAAUAUGUCUGAACAGCGAGAAGCUUAUAGAACAGUUGGACAAGAUCUGUUAAAGCUUCUCUCUUUCGUAGAGAUAAAUGCUGUUGGUUUGCGAAAGAUCUUGAAGAAGUUUGACAAACGCUUUGGCUAUAGAUUUACUGAUUAUUAUGUUAAAACUCGUGCAAAUCAUCCUUAUUCUCAGCUGCAGCAAGUGUUCAAGCAUGUGGGGUUAGGAGCUGUUGUAGGAGCCUUAUCUCGCAACCUUCAUGAUCUUCAAGAUCUUCAAGGUCGUCAAGGAAGCUACUUAUCAAUUUAUGAUCAGCCUACUCUUCCUCUUCAGGAUCCUGUCAUCAUUUCGGUAAAAGCUGCUGUGGAUAGGUUAACUCAUUCAACCAAUUUCCUUAGCUUUUUGGGGCAACAUGCACUCAUUAUGCAAGAAGAGCUGCCUGCACCUACUGAUGAAAAUGUUGAUGAGAGAUACCAUUUUACGUCUCUUAUUCUAAACUUGGUUAACACAUUUUUGUAUAUGGUCAAUACAUAUAUCAUUGUCCCUACAGCUGAUGAUUACUCUAUGCACCUUGGGGCUGCACCAACGGUCUGUGGUAUUGUGAUCGGCGCAAUGGCCGUGGCUCAGCUGUUUUCCUCUGUAUAUUUCAGUGCAUGGUCAAAUAAAUCAUACUUCAGACCUCUUGUAUUCAGUAGCAUAAUUCUUUUUCUCGGGAAUACCAUGUAUGCCUUAGCGUACGAUUUUAAUUCAAUAUGGAUUCUCCUAAUUGGCCGUCUUUGCUGUGGGUAAAUAGUCUUCUACCUCUUACUUGCUUUCAAUAUUACUUGAUGAG